CGCCCGCAUCACGACCCCCCACAGAGACCCCCUUUCCUCUUCUUUCCACAAAUGCUCUCGUGUCGUUUGUGCCUUGGGCAUUCUCUGCGCGCCGUUACCCAAAGACCUCCGCUCACCUCGCCCGCCAACGCCCUCGCUCGCCUCGCCACUCGCCGUCCCAUUAACGGCCAGCGUCUCGCCGCGCUAUCACCGCCCUGCCGCAGCUAUGCCACCGCCGAACUAGCCGUCGACGCCUUGAGCGAAGCAGAUCGCUCCUAUGUUCCCUACGAAUACUCGCAGAAGGCGGCUGAGCGGAAAAAGGUCCUUGUGGGAAACCUCCACCGCAACCUGAAAAAUAGGGAGCUAGAUCCAGACGAGACCGCUUUCAAUGUGAAGCUCCUCAAGCGGAUAAACAACGACCCGCUCAAGCUCGCCGACUUUGUGAAUACUAGGCUGCGAUUUGACGAUGUCUCGCGCACGAUAGCCGUGGUGAGGUUUGCGAGCAAAUACAUGAACUGCGUCGUUAGCUGGAAUCAUGUCAUUAACCACAUAAUGUCACUUCACCGUGUUCCGGAGGCAAUGAAGAUAUACAACGAUAUGAAGAAGCGCGGCCAACGGCCGGACUCGUACACUUAUACCAUAGUUCUACGAGGCCUUGGCGACAAUGCGCACCAUGACAAAGAUGUCGUCGGCAACGCCCUCUCGGUAUACCAUUCUAUGUCCGCACCCAACUCCCAAGUUGAGCCGACAACCAUACACACGAAUGCGGUACUGCGAGCCUGCGCAAGGGCCAACAACAUGGACGCUCUAUGGGGUGUUGUGGCAAAGCUACCAGAAUCCGGAAGAGGUGCGCCGGAUACUCUCACCUAUAGUACGAUCCUCAACGCGAUCAGGUACAAUGCGAUGGACGCGCCUGUUGGACUUAAUUGGGAGGAGCUUGCGCGCAGACGAAACGAUGCCAUAAUCGACGGACGGAGACUCUGGGAAAACAUCGUCUCACGAUGGCGGAACGGCGACCUCAUGAUCGACGAGGGCCUUACUUGCACCAUGGGGAGGUUGCUCCUCUUGGGUGAGCGGCCCAGAGACUGGGACGACGUUUUAUCGCUGGUGCAGCAGACGAUGGAUAUCCCGCGUCUCACUCCCCGCCUAGGUAGCGAUGAGCCACGUGGGGAAGUUGACUUCAGCCAGCAAGCGCUUCCGUUUACACCCAAGGACUUUAAAGACGCGGAUCUACAGCCAAUCGACCCGGACGACAAGUGGCGACCCGGCGGAGAAUUCGACCCCGUUGAACGUGAGGUGAUGGGCAGGAAAAGGAGAAGCAAAUACACGGUAGUAUAUGCCAGACCUGGACACAAUACGUUCUCUCUCAUUCUGGCAGCCUGUCUGAAAAUGGCGGCCAAAAAGGCCGCGUUGGAUUACUUCAAGCUGUUCACAGGCCCGGAAGGCUACAAACUCGAACCGGACCACGAUAACCUGCACAUGUUUCUACGCAUUCUACGACAGUCACGCUCGAGCGCAGAAGCGGUAGAGUUUGUACGCGUGAUGGUAGAGAACAAGAAGUUCGUAAUGUCAAAAACGUUCCGCAUCGCCAUGUCGACAUGCGUGCGCGAUAAGAACAACCCGAACAUCUUCAAACACGCGUGCGAGCUCAUGGACCUGAUGGAGAACUCGCUGCGCGAGAUGGACGGCGGCACCGUGGCCAUGUUCGCGGGCCUGGCUGCACACCUCAAGAAUCCGCGCGACAUCCUGUACAUGCUCAACCGCACGACGUCCUCUGCCCACGACUUGCGGCGGCUGCUGACAUUCAAGCGGCCCGAGACGAGGAGGGAUAAGGAGGAGAUGAAAGAGCUGAUCCCCGCUCGCAGAAAUGCUAUUGAUGCCCUACGCCAUAUGCAAGCCUGCUGCGACCAGUUGCUGCUUAAGGGCGCCAUCCCAGCGGAUUUGCAGGGUCAGUUCAUGGAGCGCAAGAUUAUGCUGACGAAGCAGCUCAACCAGGCCCAGUGGAUUGACCCUGACUUGGCGUCGUAUGAGUUCAAGAAGAAAUACGGAAAGUUGCUGCGCAAAAGAGACGAUCUCGGCUACAGCCAAAAGCGCGAGCAGAGAGGUACGCGGGGGCACGGGCAAAGGCGUGAGAUGGGACGCGGGCAGGAGCGCGAGAUAAAAGGUAGACGGGCGUCCUCCCGGAUGGGGCGCGGACAGGGGCGCGUACAGGCGCGCGGACGACAGAGCGGGCGCGAGCGCAGGCCUGAGGGGCAUAGGGGCCGGGAGACAAACGGGGAAGAGCGGCCAAAAGAGAAUAGGUUGUGGUGAUGAUGGGUUUGAACUGCGGAGUUCGUUGGCGUUGGGUGGGAAAAGGCAGGCUUAUGUCCAUAUGAUACGGCGUCCCUGUGACGUCUUCUGUUUAUUAUCUACUCCAUCCUCACGAGCGGGCUGCGAAGCUGCGCCUGCUCUAUGUAUGUGU